UAUAGUGGAGAUUUCGAUUUCGAGACCGACUUGACGAGCAGCGACAAAGAGCUGCAGGAGUUUCUGAUGAUGGAAAAACAGAAGGCGCAGGUCAAUGCACAGAUACACGAGUUCAACGAGAUCUGCUGGGAGAAGUGCAUUGGAAAGCCCAGCGCCAAGCUGGACAGCGCCACAGAGACGUGCCUGAGCAACUGCGUGGACCGCUUCAUCGACACAUCGCUCCUCAUCACACAGCGCUUCGCGCAGAUUCUGCAGAAGCACGACAUGUAAGUAGAAGAUUUAUACCGAAAAA